AUGUCGACGUCGACAUUGACAUUGACAUUGACAUUGACAUUGACAUUGACAUUGACAUUGGCAUUGACACUGACACUGACUCUGACACUGACUCUGACUCUGACACUGACUCUGACGCUGACGCUGCCCAGCUCUCUCUCCACAAUGGCCAACCAGUGCUCCGGUCAUGUCUUCGCCAUCGUCCAGGCUACCAACGGCAAUAUCCUGACAUGGCGCUGCUCCGACUGCAACUCGGGCCCCUUCGUGGCGAUCUGGCGAUGCAAGAUCUGUGGCCAUUGUCGGUGUAAUGCCUGCCACAAUGCCAAGGCGUGA